UGACAAUUUUCCCUAAAGGUUUUGCUGGAAUUUUAGUGUUUCAGCUAAAAAAUGAAUAGUGUUUUCACUAUUUCCUUUUCUGCACAAAAGUGAUGCAGAUUAAAAUAUUAUAUAUUGGUAGCAUUAAGUACCAUCACUGCGUGACAUAAUACCUUUGUAUUUUUGUACAUUUAGUAAUACGUUAGUAAUAGAGUCUUCUGUGUUUUACCGAAUCAGUGAAAUACAGGAUUUUUACCCUGGAUCACUCCAUGAGGCCCCAUGCCGAACCCAUAUCCAUCUCUGUUUUUAAUGCUGGUGGGAACAGGGUGACAUCGUGGACUGUAAGAGAAGCAGAUGGGAUCUACUCCAGGAAACUGAACAUUCCUGAUGUCUCUGAACCAGGUGUGUGGAGGAUUGUGGCUCACUAUCAAGGGGAUGAGAAGAACGCCGCCACCCGAGAGUUUCAAGUAAAGAAAUUUGUCAUGCCAAGCUUCGAUGUGUCCAUCAAGCCUGAGCAGAACUACUUCCUGGUGACCACGGAAAAAUUUCAUUUCACCAUCCACGCCUCCUACUCAUAUGGUGAGACAAUAAAGGGCGCAUAUCACUGCCAGUUUGGAGUGAGACAAGAGGCCACAGGAGAUGCAGACACCCGGAAGCCGGAGACCAUCAUCAUCAGGGGGUUGGAGAAGUCUGGAUCGGUGAACAACGGGGAGGCAGAGGUCACUCUUUUCAGACUCCAAAUAGAAAACCUCCUGAAGGAGCGCAGUGCUAACUUGACACAGUUGGCUCUGGACAGAACGCAGCUCUACGUUGCUGUGACUGUCAUCGACAUCGCCAGUGGAGAACUGCAGGAAGCAGAAGUUUUCAUUCCCAUUGUUUCUCAGAGAGGGGGGGUGCGGUGGCGCAGUUAUUCUAGAAUUUUGACUUUCAAGAAGAACGAUGCCUCUUAUGGAGCUUGGCUGGACAGGCCCUCAAGCAUCUGGUUGACUGCCCAGGUUGUCAAAGUGUUGAGUCUGGUAGCCGAUCGACAGCUGGAGGGAAGGGGGGAGAAAGGGAGGCAGGGAGCAAAUGUUGUUUCUGUGGAAGAGAUCAGUCAGUCGGUAGAGUACCUGCUCUCAAAGCAGAGUGAGAAAGAUGGCAGCUUCAAUGACCCCCACCCUGUCAUUCACAGAGAGAUGCAGGGAGGGGUAGGUGGCACUGAGGGGGACGUGUCUCUCACAGCCUUCGUCACCAUCGCUCUGAAACGCUCUCUCCACCAUCUGACUGGAGAAACAAAGAAUAAGGCGUUCUAA